AUGUUGGGCCACAUCCGCCAGCUCGACAGCCUCCACAAGCUGCGCGGUGGUGGUUGGGUUCCUCAUCCCAACAGUUUGUCGGUGAGAUCGGGGAAGGGCUCGGAGGAGACGGUCUAUCGCAAGCUCAUGCUCUGUCUCCCCUUGAUGGGUGGCGAGGUGCUCAACGAUCUGUUGCUGGCGGAUGCUGACCUCGGUGAGCCGCUGGAGGAUUUCGUCCAUGUUUGGGGAGGAGUGCUCGCCUGUGACAGAACCCGGAGACUAAAACAAGGAAAAAGUUGGAGCGGUAGCCACAUGAAGUGGGGCCAGGCCUUCCGCGUACGCCACAUCACAACAGGUCGGUACCUGCGUCUGGACGAGGAGAAAGGUCUAAUGGUUCUGGAUCCAGAGAAAGCCAACACCAAGAUGUCUGCCUUCUGCUUCCGUGUAUCAAAGGAGAAGGUGGAGGGGGCUCAGAAGAAGCGAGAUGUGGAAGGAAUGGGUGUCCCUGAGAUCAAGUAUGGCGAGUCCAUGUGUUUUAUGCAGCAUCUUUCCACAGGGUUGUGGCUCACAUACGCUGCUUUAGAUGCUAAAGCGGCUCGCCUGGGAACCAUGAAGAGAAGGGCCAUAUUACAUCAAGAGGGCCAUAUGGAUGAUGCACUGACUUGCUCUCGCUCUCAGAUGGAAGAGUCUCAGGCUGCUCGUAUGAUCUACAGCACCACAGGCCUUUUUACACAGUUCAUCAAAGGUCUGGACUCUCUGAGUGGGAAGAACAAAUCCCCUGGUCUGGUGUCCCUGCCACUGGACGCAGUGAUCCUGUCCUUGCAGGAUCUAAUCCAUUACUUCUGGCCUCCAGAGGAGGAGCUGGAACAUGAGGAGAAACAGACCAAACUGCGUUCUCUACGCAACCGACAGAACCUCUUCCAAGAAGAGGGGAUGAUCACCAUUGUGCUGGAAUGUAUCGACCGGCUGAAUGUCUACAACACUGCUGCACACUUCUCUGAGUUUGCCGGAGAGGAAGCUGCUGAGUCCUGGAAAGAGAUUGUCAACUUGCUCUAUGAACUGCUUGCGUCACUGAUUAGAGGAAACCGUUCUAACUGUGCUCUGUUUUGCGAUAACCUGGACUGGCUGGUUAGUAAACUGGAUCGUCUGGAAGCUUCUUCAGGCAUCCUAGAGGUGCUGUAUUGUGUUUUGAUUGAAAGUCCUGAAGUCUUGAACAUCAUUCAGGAGAAUCACAUCAAGUCAAUCAUUUCUCUCUUGGACAAGCAUGGUCGAAAUCAUAAGGUUUUAGAUGUAUUGCGCUCUCUGUGUGUGUGUAACGGUGUUGCUGUGAGGUCCAAUCAAAACCUCAUCACAGAAAAUUUGCUUCCGGGCCGUGACCUCCUGCUGCAGACUAACAUCGUUAACUAUGUAUCAAGCAUGAGGCCCAAUAUCUUCUUGGGGACUUGUGAAGGUUCUACACAGUAUAAGAAGUGGUACUAUGAGGUGAUGGUGGACUAUGUGGAACCAUUUGUGACAGCUCAGGCUACCCAUCUGCGUGUUGGCUGGGCUCUGACUGAGGGCUUCAGUCCGUACCCAGGAGGAGGAGAGGGCUGGGGUGGCAACGGUGUGGGCGAUGACCUCUAUUCUUAUGGCUUUGAUGGCCUUCACUUGUGGUCAGGUCAUGUGUCACGUCAGGUGACUUCACCCAACCAGCACAUCCUGGCAGCAGAUGACGUUGUGAGCUGCUGUCUGGAUCUGAGUGUGCCCAGUAUCUCCUUCUGUAUCAAUGGCCAUCCAGUCCAGGGAAUGUUUGAGAACUUCAACAUAGACGGCCUCUUCUUCCCUGUCAUUAGCUACUCUGCUGGACUUCUUCUCUUUGUUCUUCUCCCUCCAGGUUUUAUUCCAGUCUGCACUUUGGGUCUUUCUCAGGUUGGCCGUAUUAACCUGGGUCAGAAAGUUAGCAGCCUACGUUACUUCGCCAUCUGUGGCCUCCAAGAAGGCUUUGAGCCAUUCGCCAUCAACAUGAAGAGAGACAUCACAAUGUGGUUCAGUAAGAGCCUCCCCCAAUAUGUUCCAGUGCCCACCGACCACAACCACAUUGAGGUCUCUCGUGUUGAUGGAACCGUAGACAGCGCCCCCUGUAUUAAAAUAACCCACAGGACUUUCGGAUCCCAAAAUGCCAACACAGACAUGCUGUUCUUCAGACUAAGCAUGCCUGUAGAGUUCCACCUGACCUUCAAGGUGCCUGCAGGCACCACUCCCCUCACACGAACCCUCACCAUCCCUGAAGAAGAGGUACUGGAGGUGGACCCCCACUCUGACUACGAGGUGCUGAAGAAGUCAGCCAGUCGCAAAGAGCAGGAGGAGAAGGAAAAGGAGCCAUCUGUGCCCAAAGAUAUCCCGGGCAUUAAGGAAAAUGACAAAGACACUGCAUCCGAGAAAGGAAAGAAGAAAGGCUUCCUGUUUAAAGCUAAAACGGCAGCCAUGAUCGCUCCUCCUCCACCUCCACCUAUUAUGCCCCGUUUGUUUGAGGAUGUGGUGCCUGACGAUCGUGACGACCCAGAAAUCAUCCUCAAUACGACCACAUAUUAUUACUCGGUCCGUAUCUUCGCCGGUCAAGAACCUAGUGGGGUAUGGGUGGGUUGGGUCACCCCAGACUUCCACAUGUAUGACCUUAGCUUUGACCUGUCUAAGGUCCGUACUGUCACUUUGACUGUUGGAGACGACAAGGGCAACAUACACGACAGUAUGAGGAGGAGUAACUGCUAUAUGGUGUGGGGAGGAGAGUUUGGGAGCAACACCCAGCAGAGGUUCAGCCAGGAGGAUCUGGUGAUUGGUUGCUUGGUUGACCUGGCAACAGGUCUCAUGAAUUUCACAGCCAAUGGGAAAGAGAUCAACACUUUCUACCAGGUGGAGCCCAACAUUAAGCUGUUCCCAGCUGUGUUUGUAUUGCCGACCAGCCAGAACAUGCUGCAGCUGGAACUCGGAAAACUCAAGAAUAUCAUGCCUCUUUCGGCAGCCAUGUUCCGUAGUGAGCGCAAGAACCCAGUGCCCCAGUGUCCUCCGAGGCUGGAUGUUGAGAUGCUGACCCCUGUAAUCUGGAGCCGGAUGCCCAACCACUUCCUGAAUCCAAAAGUGGGGCGGGUGAGCAAGAGGCAUGGCUGGAUGGUGGAAUGUACAGAGCCUCUCAGCAUGAUGGCUCUGCAUAUACCUGAAGAGAACAGGUGUAUUGACAUCCUGGAACUGUCUGAGCGGCAUGACUUGCUGAAGUUCCACUAUCACACUCUGAUGCUUUAUUGCGCCGUGUGUGCGUUGGGCAACAACCGUGUGGCUCAUGCCCUCUGCAGCAGCCACGUGGACGAAUCACAGCUCUUCUACGCUAUCGAGAAUACCUACCUGCCAGGCCCUCUUCGCAGCGGCUACUACGACCUUCUCAUCAGUAUCCACCUGGAGUCAGCCAAACGCAACCGCUUGGGAACUAAUCGUGAGUUUAUUAUUCCAAUGACAGAAGAGACGCUCAGCAUCACGUUUUUCCCGGAUGCAGAGGCGGCCCAUGAUCUGCCAGGAGUGGGUCUCACGACCUGCCUCAGACCCAAGCUACACUUCUCCCCUAUCAACUUUGUGGGUACUGACCCAGAUCUGUACACCCUAAGCCCCAUUAUACCUCUGCAGGAGCUGAAGACCAAGGCUCUAAGCAUGCUUACCGAAGCCGUGUUUGAUGGCAGCCAGGCCAUGCGCGAUCCUGUUGGGGGCAGCGUUGAGUUCCACUUCGUUCCCAUUCUCAAACUCAUCAGCACCCUCCUCAUUAUGGGCAUCUUCAACAAUGAAGACAUCAAGCACAUUCUAAAGAUGAUCGAUCCCAAUGUGUUUGGGAAAAAAGAGGAGGCAGGAGAGACAGAGGAACUAGGAGAGGAGGUGAAGGAGAAGGAAGAAGCGGCUGAAAGAGAGGAGGAAGCCGUGGAUGAGGGAGUUGGGGAGGAGGAGGAUGAUGAGGAGCUGAAAGCGCUGAAGAAGGAGGAGGGACAGGAAGGAGAAGAGGUUGAGAAGGCAGUAGAGGAGGAGGAAGGAGAAAAGGUGGAUGGAGAAAAAGCGGAGGAGGAAAAGGAGGCAGAAGAAGUAGGAGAGGAGGCUAAAGAGGAGGAAGAGGAGGCACCAGAGGAGGGACUACUUCAAAUGAAGCUUCCAGAGGCUGUAAAACUGCAGAUGUGCACCCUUCUACAGUAUUUCUGUGACUGUGAGCUCAGACACAGAGUUGAGGCUAUUUUGGCAUUCUCUGAUAAAUUUGUAAGGCACAUCCAGGCAAACCAGCGUGAACGAUAUAAUGACCUAAUGAGAGCAUUUACUAUGAGUGCUGCAGAGACCGCUCGCAGGACCAGAGAGUUUCGCUCUCCUCCUCAGGAACAAGUUUUCCUGUUGACUAACUUCAAGCACAGCCCAGAAGAAGAGGAUUGCCCCGUGCCAGAGGAAGUGCGGGAAACCCUCCAGAAUUUCCACAAUGAACUCCUGAAUCACUGUGGUGUUUACGUAGAAGAAGAAGCAGAGGAGGAAGAGGUAGAUGCGUCUCUGAGAGGGAGACUACUCAGUUUAGUGGAGAAGAUCAAGACCUUUAGGAAGAAAAAGGAGGAAGAGGAGCCAGAACCAGAGGAAGAGCUCAAACCUAGUACUUUACAGGAGCUGAUAUCCCACACAAUGAUCCACUGGGCACAGGAGUCCUUUAUUCAGAACCCUGAGCUGGUGCGGCUCAUGUUCAGUCUUCUUCACCGGCAGUAUGACGCUCUGGGAGAGCUGAUCCGUGCCCUGCCAAAGGCCUAUGCCAUCAACGCUGUGUCUGUACAGGACACAAUGGACAUGCUGGAGUGCCUGGGACAGAUCCGCUCCCUUCUCAUCGUCCAGAUGGGCCCGGAAGAGGAGAGGCUUAUGAUUCAGAGCAUUGGGAACACCAUGAACAACAAGUUGUUCUACCAGCACCCUAACCUGAUGCGAGCACUGGGCAUGCAUGAGACGGUCAUGGAGGUUAUGGUCAAUGUACUAGGAGGUGGAGGAGACUCCAAGGAAAUUCGAUUCCCACAAAUGGUGACCAGUUGCUGUCGCUUCCUGUGCUACUUCUGCAGGAUCAGCCGUCAGAACCAGCGUUCCAUGUUUGACCAUCUCUCAUACCUGCUGCAGAACAGUGGCAUUGGACUGGGGAUGCGUGGAUCUACUCCUCUGGAUGUUGCUGCCGCGUCUUGCAUUGACAACAAUGAGCUGGCACUGGCUCUGCAAGAGCAAGACCUUGAUAUGGUGGUGACGUAUCUGGCUGGAUGUGGCCUUCGGAUGUGCCCCAUGCUUCUGUCUAAAGGCUACCCUGACAUAGGAUGGAAUCCAGGUGGAGGAGAGAGAUAUCUGGACUUCCUGCGUUUUGCUGUUUUUGUAAAUGGUGAGAGUGUAGAGGAGAACGCCAAUGUGGUUGUUCGUCUGUUGAUUCGUCGGCCUGAGUGCUUCGGCCCUGCUCUGAGAGGAGAGGGAGGUGCAGGUCUAUUAGCUGCCAUCAAAGAAGCCAUUAAGAUCUCUGAGGACCCUGCCAGAGAUGGGCCAACUCCUAAAAAGGACAGACGUUUCAUGUUUGGAGGGGAGGAGCAGCAUGAAGAGAAUAGAAUGCAUCUUGGAAAUGCUAUCAUGUCAUUUUACUCUGCUCUUAUUGACUUGCUGGGUCGCUGCGCUCCUGAGAUGCAUUUGAUCCAAGCAGGUAAAGGUGAAGCUUUGAGAAUCAGAGCCAUCUUGAGGUCUCUCGUACCCAUUGAAGACCUGGUGGGAGUCAUCAGCCUUCCUGUUCAGAUCCCCACCUUUGGCAAAGAUGGUCAGAUUGUUGAGCCAAAAAUGUCAGCGAGUUUCGUGCCAGACCACAAAGCCUCCAUGGUGCUUUUCUUGGACAGAGUGUACGGCAUAGAUAACCAGGACUUCCUGUUGCAUGUGCUAGAGGUGGGCUUCCUGCCCGAUAUGAGAGCUGCAGCCUCUCUAGAUACGGCGGCAUUUAGCACCACAGAGAUGGCUCUGGCUCUAAACCGUUACCUGUGCUCAGCUGUGCUUCCUCUGCUCACAAAGUGUGCCCCACUGUUCGCUGGCACAGACCACCGUGCCAUCAUGAUCGACUCAAUGCUGCACACCAUCUACAGACUGUCCCGGGGACAUGCCCUUACCAAGGCCCAGAGGGAUGUCAUCGAGGACUGCCUUAUGUCUCUUGUCAAGGAUUUGCAGCCAUCUAUGUUGCAGCAUCUGUUGAGAAGGCUGGUGUUUGACGUGCCAAUCUUAAACGAGUAUGCCAAGAUGCCCCUCAAGUUGUUGACCAAUCACUAUGAGCGCUGCUGGAAGUAUUACUGCCUACCAAAUGGAUGGGCAAACUUUGGAGUCACAUCAGAAGAAGAAUUGCAUCUCUCUCGCAAACUCUUCUGGGGCAUCUUUGAGUCCCUCGCACACAAGAAAUUUGAUGCAGAGCUGUUUAAGAUCGCCAUGCCCUGCAUCUGCGCCAUUGCGGGUGCCAUCCCUCCAGACUAUGUGGAUGCUAGCUAUUCAUCUAUGACUGAGAAGAAAGCAUCUGUCGACGCUGAAGGAAAUUUUGACCCCAAACCAGUGGAGACAACAAACACCAUCAUUCCUGAGAGAUUCGAUGCCUUCAUUAACAAAUAUGCUGAGCACACGCAUGAUAAAUGGGUCUUUGAAAAGAUCCAAAACAACUGGACAUAUGGAGAGGUUCUAGAUGAGAACAGCAAAACUCACCCCAUGCUGCGGCCGUACAAGACUUUCUCAGAGAAGGAUAAAGAGAUCUAUCGCUGGCCCAUUAAAGAGUCCAUCAAGGCCAUACUGGUGUGGGAGUGGACUCUGGAGAAAGCCAGAGAAGGAGAAACUGAGAAAAUUGAAGUGAAGGCCACCAGGAAGAUCUCUCAGACUGCUCAGGCCACCUAUGAUCCCAGCCAAGGAUACUCUCCCCAGCCAGUGGACCUGACAGGCAUGGCCUCGUCCAGAGAGCUACUGUCCAUGGCAGAACAGCUUGCUGAAAAUUACCAUAACACUUGGGGCCGGAAGAAAAAGAUGGAGCUGCAAGCCAAGGGUGGUGGCACCCAUCUUUUGUUGGUACCAUAUGAUACGUUGACGGCCAAAGAGAAGGCAAGAGACAGAGAGAAAGCCCAAGACCUGCUCAAAUUCCUCCAGUUUAAUGGAUAUGCUGUCACCAGAGGUUUGAAGGACAUGGAACAGGAAAUUUCCUCUUUUGAGAAGCGUUUCGCUUACGGGUUCCUGCAGAAGCUGUUGAAGUGGAUGGAGAUUGCGCAGGAGUUUAUUGCUCAUCUUGAGGCCGUUGUGAGCAGUGGAAGAGUUGAGAAAUCUCCUCACGAACAGGAGAUUAAAUUCUUUGCCAAGAUUCUGCUUCCAUUGGUAAACCAGUACUUUAAGAAUCACUGCCUGUAUUUCCUGUCCACACCUGCUAAAGUCUUGGGCAGUGGUGGUCAUGCCUCCAACAAGGAGAAGGAGAUGAUUGCUAGUAUCUUCUGUAAGUUGGCCGGUCUGGUGAGACACAGGGUUUCCCUCUUUGGCACUGAUGCCUCAGCAGUGGUCAACUGUCUUCAUAUUCUUUCCCGCUCACUGGACGCCAGAACUGUGAUGAAAUCUGGGCCUGAGAUUGUGAAGGCUGGUCUGCGCUCUUUCUUUGAGAGUGCUGCCGAUGAUAUUGAGAAGAUGGUUGAGAACCUCAAAUUGGAGAAAGUGUCUACCAAAAACCAGGUGAAAGGUGUAUCUCAGAACAUAAGCUACACCACCACUGCUCUUCUGCCAGUGCUCACCUCACUGUUCGACCACAUCGCCCAGCACCAGUUUGGAGAUGAUGUCAUGUUGGAUGACUUGCAGAUAUCCUGUUACCGUAUCAUGUGCAGUAUCUAUUCCUUGGGCACUGUAAAAACCCCUCAUGCUGAGAACCAAAGACCAGCUCUAGGAGAGUGUCUGGCUCAUCUGGCUGCUGCUAUGCCUGUUGCCUUUCUGGAGCCUCACCUCAACGAGUUCAACUCAUACUCCGUGUACACCACCAAAACCCCUCGAGAGAGAACAAUCCUGGGUCUGCCCAGUCAAGUGCAGGAACUGUGUCUGGACAUCCCUGAGCUGGACGUGUUGAUGAAAGAGAUCGGGGAUCUGGCAGAGUCUGGAGCCCGUUAUACAGAGAUGCCCCACGUGAUUGAGAUCACCCUGCCCAUGCUGUGUAACUAUCUGCCCCGCUGGUGGGAGAGGGGACCGGAGAACUUCCCAGAGCAGGAAGGCUGCCUGUGCACGGAUGUCACCUCCGAACAUCUCAAUCAGCUCCUGGGUAGCAUCAUGAAGAUUGUCGUCAAUAACCUGGGUAUUGAUGAAGCUUCCUGGAUGAAGAGAUUGGCAGUGUUUGCUCAGCCCAUUGUGAGCAGGGCGAAGCCUGAGAUGCUUAAGUCCCACUUCAUCCCCACCAUGGAGAAGCUGAAGAAACGUUGUGGAAAGGUGGUGGCCGAGGAGGAUCAGCUGCGUAUGGAGGGGAAGACAGAGAUGGACAGUGAGCAGGGAACCAUUCGUGAUGACUUUGCUGUGCUCUGCAGGGAUCUGUAUGCUCUUUACCCGCUACUCAUUCGAUAUGUGGACAACAACAGGGCGAGGUGGUUGACCUGUCCUGACCCUGAUGCUGAGGACCUCUUCAGGAUGGUUGGAGAAGUCUUCAUCUUCUGGUCCAAAUCUCACAAUUUCAAGCGUGAGGAGCAGAAUUUUGUGGUGAUGAAUGAGAUCAACAACAUGUCCUUCCUCACUGCUGACAGCAAAAGCAAGAUGAGCAAGGCCGGAGACGGAGAGGGUGGAGGCUCAGAUGUUGAGCGGUCUAAGAAGAAGCGCCGCGGGGACCGUUAUUCCGUUCAGACCUCGCUGAUUGUAGCGGCCCUGAAGAAACUGCUCCCCAUUGGUCUCAACAUGUGCUCUCCUGCAGACCAAGAGCUCAUAAACCUGGCCAAGAUCCGCUACUCUCUGAAAGACACAGAUGAAGAAGUGAGGGAGUUUCUGCAGAAUAACCUGCAUCUACAGGGAAAGGUUGAGGACCCGUCUAUGCGCUGGCAGAUGGCUCUGUAUAAAGAGACCUCAGGUAAAGCCGAAGACGCAGAUGCACCGGAGAAGGUUGUGAAGAGAGUUCAGGAAGUUUCGGCUGUUCUCUUCCACAUUGAGCUGACCGAGCAUCCAUUCAAGUCCAAGAAGAUGGUUUGGCACAAGCUUCUGUCCAAACAGCGUCGUAGGGCGGUGGUGGCCUGCUUCAGAAUGACACCACUGUACAACAUCCCCAAGCACCGGGCAUCUAAUAUGUUCCUUGAUGGUUACAAGCACAAUUGGAUUGAAAAUGAGGGUGACUCGUUUGAAGAUAAGAUGAUAGAUGACUUAUCAAAAGCGAUGGAGCAGGAAGAAGAAGAAGAGGAAGAAACCGAAUCGAAACCAGACCCCCUUCAUCAGCUCAUCCUUCACUUUAGCCGCACUGCUCUCACUGAGAAAACUAAACUUGAAGUGGAUCAUCUGUAUAUGUCAUACGCUGAUAUUAUGGCAAAAAGCUGCCACAUUGGUGAGGAGGACGAAGGGAGAGAGGAGGGGGGCGAGGAGCCAUCCUUUGAGGAGAAAGAAAUGGAAAAGCAGAGGCUUCUUUACCAGCAGUCCCGUCUGCAUGACCGCGAAGCGGCUGAAAUGGUUCUGCAGAUGAUCAGUGCUUGCAAAGGUGAGACGGGAGCCAUGGUUUCCUCUACUCUCAAACUUGGCAUCUCCAUCCUCAAUGGUGGCAACAGUGAUGUUCAGCAGAGGAUGUUGGACUACCUGAAAGACAAGAAAGAUGUGGGCUUCUUCCUCAGCCUACAGGCUCUCAUGCAAACCUGCAGUGUUCUGGACCUGAAUGCAUUUGAGAGACAGAAUAAGGCAGAGGGUCUUGGAAUGGUGUCAGAGGAGGGCUCAAACAUCAAGCUAGAACGUGGCCUGGUGCAGCUGCUGACUUUUCUGUCUUUGGCAGAUGGGCAGAUCCUGCACCUCUUCCUCUUCGUUUGGUCCUCUUGUGGCCAGGUGGUGGCUGUGUUUUUUCCCCAUUCCCAUCCCAGUGUUCUUCCCAUUGCCUUUGACCAAAACUCUUCUCCAUUUGUGUCCUCCAUGAAGAUCUCACUGUGUAGUGUGCCAUUUCAGUGUCGGUUGUGUUUAUCCAUGUUCCAUGACCAAAACUCUUCUCCAUUUGUGUCCUCCAUGAAGAUCUCACUGUUGUAUAAAUGUCCCUUCAAAGUCAGGUCUCUGCCUCCCCUUUCCACGUUUGCUGGUCUGCUCUGUAGUGAACAGCUAAACGGAUGUGCCACAGCAGAUUUCCAGAACUAUCUGCGCACACAGACAGGCAGCACAACUACGAUCAACAUCAUCAUCUGCACUGUUGACUAUCUGCUCAGACUACAGGAGUCUAUCAGUGACUUCUACUGGUAUUACUCUGGGAAGGAUAUCAUUGAUGAACCAGGCAAGAGAAACUUUUCUAAGGCAAUGACGGUUGCUAAACAGGUUUUCAACAGCCUGACAGAGUAUAUCCAGGGUCCUUGUACUGGUAAUCAGCAGUCCCUGGCUCACAGCAGGUUGUGGGAUGCCGUGGUGGGCUUCUUGCACGUGUUCGCACACAUGAUGAUGAAGCUAGCACAGAUGCACCCUGACCAAGGACUCCGAAAUGGCGAUCAUUUCUGGAGUAGAACACAUUCUGAGGACUCCAGUCAAAUUGGUCUGUUGAAGGAGCUUCUGGAUCUGCAGAAAGACAUGGUGGUGAUGCUUCUAUCUCUACUGGAGGGUAAUGUUGUGAAUGGCACAAUUGCUCGCCAGAUGGUUGACAUGCUGGUUGAGUCAUCCAGCAAUGUAGAGAUGAUUCUCAAGUUCUUCGACAUGUUCCUCAAACUGAAGGAUAUUGUGGCAUCGGAUGCCUUCCGUGACUGUGUGACGGACCCUCGUGGCCUCAUCUCCAAGAAGGACUUCUCCAAGGCUAUGGACAGUCAGAAGCAGUACACACCAUCUGAGAUCCAGUUCCUGCUCUCUUGCUCUGAAGCAGAUGAGAACGAGAUGAUCAAUUUUGAGGAGUUUGCUGAUCGCUUCCAAGAGCCAGCCAAAGACAUUGGCUUCAACAUUGCUGUGCUACUCACCAACCUGUCUGAGCACGUUCCUCAUGACACCCGCUUGCAGAACUUUUUGGAGCAAGCUGAGAGUGUGCUGAACUACUUCCGACCCUUCCUGGGCCGUAUCGAGAUCAUGGGCGCCUGCAAGAGGAUCGAACGCAUCUACUUUGAAAUCAGCGAGGCCAACCGCAACCAGUGGGAAAUGCCUCAGGUCAGAGAGUCCAAGCGGCAGUUCAUCUUUGAUGUCGUCAAUGAGGGUGGUGAGUCUGAGAAGAUGGAGCUCUUUGUGAACUUCUGCGAGGACACCAUCUUUGAGAUGAACAUUGCCUCGCAGAUCUCAGAGCAGGAGGAGGAGGUGAUCGAAGAUGAGGAUGAAGAAGAUGAGGAGAAGAGCAUUGGUGGCGGAAAUGGAGAGGGAGAAGGAGAAGGGAAUGGAGAAGCAGCACCACCUGAAUCCAGCUCAGCCUUUGCAGACUUCAUCAAGAGCGUAAUGAAUUUCAUUAACCUCUUCACUUUCCGCAAUCUCAGACGUCGUUACCGCAAAAUCAGGAAAAUGACCAUAAAGGACAUGAUUGUUGGUCUGGUGAUGUUGCUCUAUACUGUCCUCUUUGGCAUCCUGCACUUCAUCUACAGCGUCUGCCGAGGUUUCUUCAUGCUCAUCUGGAACACUCUCUUCGGAGGAGGUCUGGUGGAGGGAGCUAAGAAGAUGACAUUCACAGAGAUUCUGACUAACAUGCCAGACCCAACUCAAGAUGAGGUGCACGGUGACCUUCCACCUGAGCCAGGAGCAAGAAAAGCACAAGAAUCAGGUGGAGCUGCUGAGGGAGAGGAGGGAACAGGAGGAGGAGAGGAGGAAGCCGAAGAGGGAGAAGAGGAUGAUGGUGGAAGACCAGGUUUUGGUCCUCACGGCGGUCUAGGAGAUAUGGGAGAAACUGAGCCAGAGGAGCCUCCGACUCCAGAAGGCAGCCCACUGCUGAAGAGGAAGCUGGUGAGUGAAGAAGCAGAGGGAGAAGCAGUAGAAGAGGAGAAAGUAGAGGAAGAAGCAGCCCCUGAACCCGAAAAAGCAGAUGCUGAAAAUGGAGAAAAGGCCGAGAAGGAGGCAGAACCAGAGCCAGAGGAAAAACCAGAUGAAGAGCAAGAGGAGAAAAAGACAAAGGCUAAAGCAAAGAAAGGCAAGAAGAAAGAGGAAGAGGGCUUUGAACUAUGGAAUGAACUUGAAGUCCAAAGAAACAAGUUCAUGAACUAUUUGUCUCGUAAUUUCUACAACCUGCGCUUCCUGGCUCUCUUCAUCGCCUUUGCACUCAACUUCAUUCUGCUCUUCUACAGGGUAUCUGACAGCCCGCCUGGAGUAGAGGAGGAUUUUGAGGGUUCGGCUGUGUUUGAGGGUUCUGGCAUAUUUGAGGGCUCUGGUGUGUUUGAAGGCUCUGGUGUGUUUGAGGGAUCUGGGAUCUUUGAGGGCUCUGCUGGAGAAGCUGAAGGUUCUGGAAUGGAGGAGAAUGAAGAGGAAGAAGGGUUUGUCUACUACUUCCUGGAGGAGAGCACUGGAUAUAUGGAGCCCGCUUUGGCCUUUUUUUCCAUCUUACACACCAUCAUUUCCUUCCUGUGCAUCAUCGGCUACAACUGUCUGAAGGUUCCUUUGGUCAUCUUUAAGAGAGAGAAGGAACUGGCCCGAAAACUGGAGUUUGACGGUCUGUACGUAACUGAACAACCAGAAGAUGACGACAUCAAGGGCCAAUGGGACAGACUUGUUCUCAAUACACCGUCUUUCCCGAACAACUACUGGGACAAAUUUGUGAAGAGAAAGGUGCUAGAGAAGUAUGGCGAUAUCUACGGUAGAGAAAGAAUCGCUGAACUUCUGGGCAUGGAUCUAGCAUCCCUUGAUGUCAGCGCUAUGACACACGAGAAGAAGCCUCAGCAUGAUCCCUCAAUAUUCACAUGGUGUUUCAUCUGUGGAAUUGGAAGUGACUACUUUGAUUCGACUCCGCAUGGCUUCGAGACGCACACGAUGGAGGAGCACAAUUUAGCCAACUACAUGUUCUUCCUGAUGUAUUUAAUCAAUAAAGACGAAACAGAACACACAGGACAAGAGUCAUAUGUAUGGAAAAUGUACCAGGAGCGAUGCUGGGACUUCUUCCCAGCUGGUGACUGUUUCAGGAAGCAGUAUGAGGAUCAACUUGGCUAAUUCUACAGCCUUGAAAGUGUGUGUUUGUUUACAAGUAUCAUUUCAGGAAUGAGGGUCAAAGAGGAAAUUAUGAAAAACAAGCAAAAGAAGGGAACAAGAGAUAAAUGACCAAGUGCAGCCUUGAUUUGACUCUCACAACCCUCAUCUUCAGCCAACCUAUCACACAGACCACACAAACUCACUCAUAAUAUUUAAAACCUUUGAUUUCCCCGUGUUUGACUAAACGAGAGAAAAAGAUCUAAGACUGAGCAUCAGAAGAAAGCAUUUUAAACUGUAUACAUAUAUACACACUACAUGGCCUUUACUUUUUAAAUCAAAUCAAGCCUAAAUGAACAAACACUCCUAAACAAAGCCUUCCUUUCCUCUCUGUUUUGUUUGUCACUAUGAAUCUAAAAAAUCUCAGUGCCUAAUGUUGAAUCUUAACUGUACAUUGAGGAUUUAAGUAUGAUUUUAUUGAUAGUCUACAUAGCGAUCUUUUUAUGUGUGGAGCAGCUGUCUAGAUCUUAUAAUCUUAGCUUAUAUAAAUAUAGCUUUGUUUAUGUUUAUUUAUUCAUGUAUACCACAGAAAUAUAGCCAUAUGAGUGGUAGCAUCCUGCUCUGUGACUUAUAUAUAGAGCAUUUUGCCAUUAAAUAUUAAGCCAGGCUUUUUCCCUGGCAUGUCGAGCGAAUGUGAGAUUGCGUGCAACUGAAAUAUCUUAACACCAUUUUAAU